CCAACAAAAUGGAAAUGAAAGAGAUUGCUAAACACAAGACAUUAUGGAAAAUGAGUUCAACCAGUGAACCUUUAUUCAUUACUGGUAUAGAAGUCAGUCCUUUGAAGAAAUUCACUAUUCCAAAGAUUAAGAGAAGAGCAGGGAAAGUUUACUUGUCACCUUGUUGUACCAAUACUAGGGAGUAUAGUUUCAUACAUGACACUCUUAACCAGUGCAGGCUUGAUGUAAGCUGUGAUCUGCAGUCCUCAUGGCAGUUUGGUGAUACAAAACUGAUUCACAAUGAAGAUCUGGAAAAAAAUUUUACUGCAAAGAGGUCAGAGAUGCGUGAGAGAAGAAAACAUGGCAGAGAGCUUGAAGAACAUUUCUGCUUUUUAGCGCUUCCUCAGAGUGAUGUUUUAGAGAUAUAUCAGAAUGGGAUAAGUACCAAAGCAUCUACAUUGAAGAUAUUAGGAAAUCCUCACCUUGGAAUUUAUAUAUUUAGACAUGUUGAUGUUGCCUUGAAUUAUGCUCAUAGUCGAAACAUUAUGGUAGAGAACAUUAUAAUUUUUAAGGUUCUUUUUGGGAGAGUGAAGAAAAUUCAGCCUUCUAUGGAUAAAAACAAAGUUUCUUUGGAUCCUUCUCCCAAUUUUGAUUGCCACAUGUCAAGAAAUUUACCUUCUCUGAAAGACACCAUUGAACUACAAGCCUACAGUUCAGCAGUAUACUUCUAUGAAUACAAUAUCUUUUCAAAGCCAGUAGAUAAACCUAGGCAGUGCCUUCCAUAUGCAAUAGUGACAGUAAAAUUUAUUGGUCACAAAGUAGAUAGUGGACACUUCGUGACAUCUUUGAGAUUUCUCUCAGCAGGAUUUCCUAAGAGGGCUGAAAGAACAUGUUCUUUGAAUAACUGUACAGUGGCCAAAAGAAUCGGAAAAGGAAAAGAUGCUACUGUCAUCUUUGAACAUUUCAGGAAACCUGUAGAUCCAUUUGUUGAAGAAAACUGUUCAUGCAAUGUACUAAAUUCAGAGAUAAAUCCUUCCAAUUCAAGUAUUUCUAAUUCCUAUGGAAAUAUGCAAAAUGGAAACAUUUCUAUACUUGAAGCAUACAAUGAAAAGACAGAAAAUAAUUUAGCAGAAAUUAGAGACUCUUCUCAAAUACAUGAGCAUGAUUCAGGUGUAUCUUUGCCCAGUGAUAAUAGAGAAAGUGAUAAUGGUGACUUUUUGUUAAAUUUGACAUAUCUUAAAAAUAUUUUAAGUGGGAUUUCUGCUGCUUUCCCCCCUCACAAUAAUACUGGCUCAAGCACAGUUACUACUUCAAAACUCAUCAAAGACCCAAGACUGAUGAAGAGAGAAGAAAGCUCGGAAAAACAGAACAUUACAGUUUUAAAUGAGAUUUUGCCAUUCAAGAAGAGUGUAGAUUAUGAUAAUUCAGAAAUAAAUCUGUCCUCUGUGCCAGCUGAUUCUGUUUCCUCACCCGAAGUCACUAGUGACCAUGCUAUUCUUACUAAUUGUUUGGAUGUCUCCUGCUUCAAAUUUUCUUUUGAUGAUUCACAGCCUCAGACUCAAAAUACCGAGGACCAUCAUCGAACAGCACCCAAUAAAAUUACCAUGGCAGAACAAUGUAAGGACCAAGGUGAUCUUUCCUUCCCAAUUUAUUUUUCAAAUAUAGUUUCAGAAGUUGAAAACCAAAAACACAGUGAGGAAAAAGCUCAAAGAGCCCAAGAGAAAAGCAACAUCUCACUUUUAAUUAAACAAAGCAGUGAGCCAUGUAACUCUUACAAAUCAGUGAGUACUUGUACAGAAGAGUAUAAUAGUUACAUCUCUCAGGAACCACAGUCUAUUGCUCAAAAGCUAAUGGAACUAAAACUGGAAAAAACAAAUAAAAAUUGUGUUAGCAUUAUGCCUGAUGCUUUCCAGGAAGCGAAAGAUAUUUCCCAGGCCAAAGAACUACUCAUUGAUACAGUUAUUACAUCUCAUGCCAUUGAAACAUCUCUUGACAAUUCAAAUUGCAACAAAACUAGAGAAUAUAUUUGUGCCCAGAGGAAAAGUGAAAGUGAACCAGUGUCAUUAGAGAACAUUCAGAGAGACUGCAAAGAAAUGCCUCAUAUUGAAGAUGAAGGUGAAGAUCACAUUCUGUUCUAUAAUGCACAGUUGAAUAAUGAUUUAUACCUGAAUACUAAUUUCAAAUGGCAAGGAUAUAAUGAUAAUGAAAAUGAGGCUGAAGAGGAAGAUAGUGCUGCAUCUCCAGAAAACAUAGAGAAUGUAUAUGGAGGCAAGAAGCAGGGUUUUCUUACAAAUAACACUAUGACAAAUAUAAGUGAAAGGAGAGAGAAUAAAAAUUACAAUAAAGUAGAAAUUCUGAGUUCUAAAGAAUUUUCUACUACAUUUAACUUGGUUUGGGAAGAUAAAGAUAAGUCAACAGAAACUGCAUUAUUAGAGAGUGAAGAUACCAUUAUAGCCAUAAAACAAAGAGACAUGCAGAGUACUGGAAGAAAUGUAGAGCAUUUGGAUUCCACAGCAUUUGUUGAAAUUGCAGAUUCUUCAGUAGGUGAAGCUUCAAAUGCUACAGUAGAGGUAGCUAGUACUACUAUGCCUACGUUAAGCACAAAUUAUGAAGCUCACCAAAGAUUUGAGUUUAAGGACACAUGCUUUGAGAGUCCACAUUUUGGUUCAUUAGUAAAACAUGGAAUUUCUGAUUGUGAAAUUGAUAUGGAUAAAAAUAAAUUAAAAGACUCAUUAAAUCAGUCAAUAAAUGAGAACUCAGUUCUUCAAAGUUCAGAAUUGCAAAAUGAGAUUGAAAUAGAAUCAGAACAGUAUGAUACACAUAGCCAUGGAAAUGUACUUUAUGAAGAAGUUGAGGCCUCAUAUGAGGCUCUGAUGUCUCGUAUCGAUUGGAAAAGUCUAUUAGGAAGUGAUAAUGGAGAAAAGGAAAUUUUGGAAAGUACCACAAAAAAGGAAAAUAUUGAUCAGCAUUGCUCUAAGAAAAUUAUAUGUUUUUAUUCCUCUACACAAAAGGAGGAGCUCCACCCAAUUUUACUUCCAGAUCUACAAGUUAGAAUUACUAAUAUAUAUAAGCCAGGAUUCAACCCCAAUGAUGAUUCCCUUGUAAUAAAGGAUAAUUCUUACAAAUAUAUAACUAAAUCCACAAACCCAGAAAUAAAUGAGGAGAGGGAAGCUCCAGAGUUUAAAAUUUAUUCCCAACCUCCUGGUGAAAAUUCAGGUUAUCCCUGUGAAGACUUAUUUGGUAAUUCCCUGCCAGAUUCAGGAAUUACAAAUGAAAAUGAACUCUCCCAUUCUUCUGACUUGAGUCAUAACACACAAGAAAAUCAUAAGUCAGAAAAACAAAGCAGUGGAUCUUUGUCUACUAAACCUAAUAUCACAGUAAUAAAUGAUAAGUGCAGAUAUUUCUUUUCAAAAUCAAAAAAAGACUUUAAUGAUACUAAAAGUAAAAAUGACACCGAAUCAAGAAUUAGCAAAAGAAAGUUACAUGCAUCUUUUAGGGAUGAGAACAUAUCACAUGAAAUUUGUGAAAAAAAAAGGAAACUAACCAAUCAAGAUUCAUUUGAGUGUUUCUCUUCAUUAUCCCAAGGACGAAUUAAGAUAUUUUCACAGUCAGAACGACAUAUUAGGAGUGUUCUGGAUAUUCUAAAUAGUGAAGCAUCUUUAUGUAAAAGCAAACGACUUUCCAGAACACUAGACAAAGCUGUACUUCACUUAAAAAAAGCUCAUAGAAGAGUCCAUACAUCUUUGCAGCUUAUAGCUAAAGUGGGAGAAAAAAGAAAGGGCCCAUUACCAAAAGCAUAUGCAAUAAUAUGCAAUAGUUUCUGGGAAAGUUGUGACCUUCAAGGUUAUAGUUCUGUGUCUGAAAGAAGGUAUUAUUCUACCAAGCAUUUUUUGUCAAAAAGAAAGUAUGACAAACAAGAAGAAAAAAGAACUUUGGGAUUUGAUGUUGAUAAAUCAUUAGCUUAUGUGUCAAAGCACAAGUCUUAUAAAACAAAUGGAGAGAAAAUUGCAAAGUGCCAUUCCAAAAAAAGAGUAGCCACCAGUGUCUCAAGAAGUCACACCACAAUUCAUGUGAGUGAAUUUUAUGAUCUAGAACAAAAUCCUGAAUCUCACUUGCCUCUGUUCUCCACAUCCCAAAGUACAAGUCAAUCAGAGUAUGAUAACAGUCUGAGACAUUCAAGAUCAUCAGAACUUCAGCCCUUUUCUGGAAGAACUGAAUGUCUGCUUUACCCAGAUGAGAAACUAACUAAAAAGGAAAAUCAAAUUGAUAUAAAGGUAUCUAACAGUGAAUAUAAAAAGCUUGAGAACCAUUCAGCACAUAAUAAUACUAAGGAUGUGAUAAAAGACAAUAAUUCUGAUGCUAAUAAAGUAAUAAAUGAAAUCAAUUCAGUGUCUUUAAAUUGUAUAAAAGAGAACAACCCAAGUUACAACACAGACAGAAAUGAGGGAACUUGUAUAGCUCACACAAAGGUGAAAACUGACAUUUCAGUCUCAGACUCAAACGUGAAGCACAUCUACGAACAAGAAAACCUUUCAUCUAGUUGUAAAAGAAAUCUGGAAGUAAAUGUUUCUAUAGACAAGUAUACAACUCCUAUUGAGAGCUGCAAACCAAACAUUAUUGCAGGAAACUUCCUUAUGGGCCCAUUAAACCUAACUUCAAUAAUAAACACAAAAUACAGUACCCCUCAAUUGUUAUCAGCCACUCCUAUGAUAGCAGAAGGAAAAUCUUCAGAGAAUUAUUUGAAUAAACAGAGAAUUUUUGCUUUGGAUUCUUCAAUAUCUGGUACUGUGUCACACUGUCAGCAGAUGUAUGGUGGAAUGGAGCUUCUAAACACAGAACCUUGCUCUUCAAGUAAUUGUUUUCUUACAGAUGAGGAUGAAACAAAUGGUAUUGGGUAUUCUGAGUUGGACCUAACAUCAGUCACUGAAGAAAGUAAAAGUUGUGGGGAAAAUAUAAUGAAUAAACUACCUUCCAAUGGAAGUUCUCUGCUCUUGAAAGAUAAUAUAAGGUGUUCUUCAAAAAAAUGUAUUGCAAAGAAAGACAUUCAGGCUAGAAAGAAUUCUCCAAUUGAACAAGCAGAAAAAGAUUCCAUUUACAAAAGAGGCACUACUGAAGGAUUAACUGUUAAGUAUAAAAAUCAAAAUAGCCUAAAAGAGGAACCCUCCCACUUAAAUAUGAAAAAAAUUAAAAGUAAUCCAGUUGACUCUAAUGUAAGUAUUAAAAAUACUGCUCCAGAGGCGGUCUCUUUGAGUAACACAAUUUCUGGUCAGCCUAACAAAAGACAGGAGUGGGGUAUCAAAGUUACUGAUGACUCUCAGUCUCGCUGUAUUUCCAAACUAGGCAUUCAAGCAAUUAAUUGUAUUCCUUUUCUACAUGUCCAGUCUGAAGCCUGUGAAGUCACUGCUUUUCAGAAGCCUAUAUCAUACGUGAAUGAAUUAAAUGAAAAAUAUUGCUCAACUAAUUAUACAGCUUUUAUAGCAGAGCUGUCUCAAAUUUUGCAGAGAGCAGAUGAAGCAUCAUCAUUGCAGAUACUGGAGGAAGAAAUGAAGAUUUGUCGAAAUAUUCUCCCUUUAUUUGUUGAGGCUUUUGAAAGAAAGCAAGAAUGUUCACUUGAACAAAUCUUGAUUUCAAGAGAACUGCUAGUAGAACAAAACCUGUGGAAUAAUUGCAAAUACAAAUUAAAGCCAUGUGCUGUUGAUGCUCUGGUAGAACUUCAAAUGGUGAUGGAAACCAUUCAAUUCAUUGAAAACAAGAAAAGGCUCUUAAAAGGUGAACCGACGUUCCGGAGCUUGCUUUGGUAUGAUGAAACAUUGUACAGUGAACUACUUUGUAGGCCCCGUGGUUAUCAACUGCAGUCCAAUUUCUAUCCUGCUUUUCAAGGAAGAUUAAAAUAUAAUGCAUUCUGUGAGUUGCAGAAUUACCGUAAUCAACUGUUAGCAAAAACAAAGAAAAACAAUUCAUACUAUGUUUUCUUAAAAUACAAACGACAGAUUAAUGAAUGCGAAGCCAUACUUAAGCACUGUUCUGAUUGCUUUGACUUUUCUCUUUCUAUUCCAUUUACCUGUGGAGUUAACUGUGGAGAUAGUUUAGGAGACCUAGAAACCUUAAGAAAAAGUACUUUAAAGUUGAUCAGUAAAUAUGAAGACUCCCCUAAAGUUUAUACCUAUCCUGGAAAAGAAGACCAUCUGUGGAUUAUCAUAGAUUUAAUCUCCUCAAAAGUUAAAUUUAUCAAGAGCACUGAAGCAGUAACUAUUAAAAUUUCUCUUUAUGGUUUGGAACAUAUCUUUUUUGAUGCUGCAAAAAAUCUAGUUUGGAAAGAGAGAAGAAAAUAUUUCAGCAAAAAAUACUUACAAAAGAAUGAAGAUGUGCUACUCAAAAUGAAUGAAUGUGCUUUUUCUAAGUUGCAGGAGAUACAUGAAAUCUUGUCUAAAGAUUUAAACAGUGAAUUAACUUCCAGUAUUGGACUUGAAACAGAUACUAUGAUUACUUUCGGAAAGUCACAUGAUCUAGUUAGCCAAGAAAACUGUAGGUUUAACAGUACUUUGCUUUCACACCCUGGUAUUUGUUAUAUUGGUGAAAUACUGGAUCAAGCUGAAAUUGCAGACUUAAAAAAAUUACAGGAACUUACUUUGAGAUGUACAGAUCACUUAGAAAUUUUGAAGAAAUAUUUUCAGAUGUUGCAAGAAGUGAACAUAGAUGAUAUUUUUAUCACAGAAGAAAAUGUUUUGGAUAUGCUGCAAAACUACAACCAUGGGGCUAUAAUUUUAAAACCUGAAGCAAUUGAAACAUACAUUGAAAUUGUUAUGCUGUCAGAAACAGUUCACUUUCUUAAAAAUUCAAUGGCAAAGAAACUAGACAACCAGAGAUUUCGAGGUAUGCUUUGGUUUGAUUUCUCCCUUCUUCCUGAGCUGAUAUGCUGCCAAGAAAAAAUGGCAUCCUUUUCAUUUCUUAAAGAUAACCCAGAUGAAUGCCUUUACAAUGUAAUAGAGACUGCUAUUUCUGAACUUAAGGAAGAUCUGGAUAUUAUCAGUAAAUAUAGUGAAGCUGUUAACUGCUCAUAUGCUCUGCAUUUAUUCUCAAGGGAACUUGAAGAGCUUUCAGAAAUUAAAAAGCUUCUAAAGAAGUCUGAGUAUUCCCUUUCCACGUAUAUUGACUUUGUGCCAUAUAUAGCAUCCAUAAAUUACGGAAACACUGUGACAGAGUUAGAACACAACUAUGAUCAGUUUUCUACACUACUCCAAAAUAUAAUGUCUAUCCCUCAGAAAGAUUUAGGGAAAAUGGCCCAUAUUAUGAAAGUCAUGAAAACAAUUGAGCAUAUGAAGAUUAUAUGUGCUAAAAAUGCUAAAUUAUCUACUUCCUUUUUGCUAUGCCAAAUGGCACAUAACAGAAGGGAUGCUUUUCAACUGAAGAAAGAAGAAAAAAUGAAUAUUCAUGCUGUAAAACCUGAAGAAAAUACAAAUAAAUCCAGUCUUUCUAUGAAGGUACCCUUAAUUUCAGAGUGUAUAAUUAAAAACUUUCCAAAUUCCUCUAAAAAACAACCUAUCCAUACAGACAAGUGUGAAGACUCCCAGGAAGAAGAGAAAAAUACUACUUCCUGUUGUAAAAAACAAAAGGUUAGCAUGAAAGAUGUCACAAAAAUCUACAAAGCGGAAUCAGCAUUCAAGAAGCCAAGGACUACAAGAUCUCAUUGCAAAAUUGAAAAUGAAAUAGGAUCAAAUUCAUCAUAUAAUCUAAAAAGAAACUAUGUAUCUCCAAAAAUGGUUGAAAUGCAAAGCUCACUUUUACCUUUGAAGACCCUACAAAACGCUUGUACAUCAAGGUCAGAAAGCAAUAUUGAUUUAACUAAUAGUUCAUCUGGUACUUCAGAACACAUCACCAGACAACAUAAAAACUUAAAUACCAUAAAGAAAAGAAAAAUGAGUUUUAGUGUUGCUGAGACAAAAAGUAAUGAGAACAAACAUGCUUCUUUUGCACCUUGUGAUCAAAGAAAUAUAGAUGAUACCUUUGGAGAAGAUCACAACAUAACAGAUCCUACACAGAAAUCCUGUCUUUCAAACAUAAAUCCUGGAACUGAUGACUGUCUUGUGCCUAAUGCAACAAUGUUCUCAAAGCCCGUUUUCCAUUUUUUGAGAGAGAUCCAUACCAAUCUAGAAAUGAAUGACACAGUCCUUGAAUGUCAAGAUAAUGAAAUGUUAAAUUCAUCUAUUAAAAAUUCUACAUGCAUCAGUUCUCCAGAACCCACACAUAUCCAAGGCAAAAUUUCUAUUCUGCAAGAAAAUAAAAAACAUCCUGCAAAAACUGAGUCAGAGGAAAAAUAUAUGAAGAAUACAUUGAAGCCCAGUAUGAUACCCUUUGGACAAACUGGAAUUUUAACCCUUGAUGCGAAUCAAAGAGCAGAAUAUUCUCUUUCUGAACAACAAGAUGAGAAUCCUAAAGUCCUGAAUAAGAAAGGUGCCACAUAUUGGAAUGAACUUCCACAGUCUACAUGUAACCCAAUAUACAAUUCUUCUGAGCAUUCAUUUGGAGCCACCUCAUAUCCAUACUAUUCUUGGUGUGUCUAUCAUUAUAGCAGUAGCAAUGGCAAUGCCAUUACCCACACAUACCAAGGAAUAGAAUCAUACGAAGUAUACCCACCUCCUUCUGGGAUAUUGACUACAGUUGCAAGUACUGUCCAAACCACACAUUCUAAUAUUCUGUACUCUCAGUAUUUUAGUUGCUUUGCUGAGCAGCCACAAGCAAAUGCCUUUAUGCCAGCGGAUGGAUAUUUUCAAUCCCAAAGGCCUAUUUCUUAUAAUUUUCAGCAACCUAUUUUUUCACAGUAUGCUUCUCAUCAGCCAUUACCACAAGCUGCAUACCCUUAUCCUCCUAAUUCAGGUGUGCUUCAAGAAGUCCCUUGGAUUUAUGCUCCAUGGCAACAGGAACAGUUUCAGCCAGGACAUUGAAAUCAAUCUGACUACUGAAAUAAAGGAGAUUUAACAAGUUUUCCAAAAUAUUUUUACUUCCGUAUUUUUUAAUGUUUAACACUUUAAAAUAUGUAAAUGUGGUCUAUUAUAAAGUGCAUGAUCCUUUAUAAAAUGUAUAUACAAUAAUGUA